UACUGUACCAUACGCAGUUUUCAAAAAGAGGAAAGAAAGAAACAGCUCAUUUUCCUGCAGUCAUACCCACUUUCAGCUAACCUCCGCUUUUCACACUCACUAGAAACAAAACAGGUUGAAAAUGACUUAUUCUUGCCUGCUUUGUUAUUUUGAGAGGAAAACAUAUGGUUUUGUGGUUUGCCUUGUACCUGAGUUUAGCUGCGUCCGUUGGCAUAAAGAUGAUGAUUAGGUUUUGCCAUAGAAAAUAUUAUAUUUAAUAUUAAACAAUUAACAAGUAAUUGUUUAACACAAAACAACAUAAUGAAUCUUGACAAUUUUAUCCACUCUCUUUAUAAUUACAGCUAAACAUUUUAAAUUAAACAUCCUGUGAAAGUCUAAUUUAGUAUGCAUACUGAAUAAUAUUUUUUUAAAUGGUAAGAUUACAAAGUUAUGCGGUCAUUGGCUGAUGGGAAUAUAUCUGCGAGUCUAUGACUAAAUCAAUGAAUAACAAUGACUUCAGGAUUGCUCAUGCUUUUAUAAGUUUGUCCAUAUAAAAGAAUUAUAAAGGAACAAUAUUUUAAAAUCUAAAGCCAAGAAUAUGAGUCACUAAAACCAGCUAUUUAUAGUACAAAAACAAACAAACAAACAUUAAGUUAAAAAAAAAAAAAAUGAUUUAAAUCUGAUUUGAUUACUAUAUUUUCCUACAAAUAAGGCUACACAGAAAAUAACCUGAAUUGUUGGAUAAGAAUCAGGUUGUUUAUUAUUCUUUGCCAUUCUCAAAUCAAAUUAAAGGGUUUGUUGAUGUUUAAUUAUUCAGAGGACAGGUCAUUAAUCCUCGGAUUUCUCCAGCUAUGUGGGAAUCGUUUAAGUUUCUAUCUAACUACUUCUGAUGAAUCAUUAUGAUUAUAUUUCAGCAAAUUCCAACACAACACAUUUGAAAGACAAAAAAUGUCUAUGCAAUUUAAUAAUCAGGAUUACGCCCAUUUCUUUAUGCAUACAGUACAAUGGCCCCAAAAAGUAUUUGAACACUUAAGCCACAUUCAAAGUUUAUAAACUUACACUGCAUCAAACCAAGUGGCAUAUGUGAACAAAUGAUGCUAGACCUUUCAGAACUAGCCAAGGUCACGUCAUAUUAGUUUAAAGUAAGUUCACACAGUUGCCUCUAGCAUUUAACCACACAGGUUACUUAAUCACAUUAAAUAUACCCCCCUAACAUUUGACACCCAGAAAGUAUGCUUGUGCAACCUUUCUGUAACAUAAAUACCACUUGGUUUGAUAUUUUGUUAUCAAAUGCAGUGACAUUUAUAUAUAUACCUACACAUUUACAUUCAUACAUAAAUAUCCAAAUGCAUUUUGGGGUCAAUGUAGCUAUGUCAAGCAGUGACUCGAAGCACCGAACAGUGUGCAAUUACGCCAAUAUCUUUCUCUGACGCCAUUUCAGAGGAAGAGACGUGUCCGUUUCACAAAUAUGCUCCGGGAACGACACGCCGAAAUCUCAGCAGGGGUUUUCUCCGGCUAGGUGCCACUGGUCAAAGUUUUCUUAAUGCUAUUGGUCUAUAAAUCAGCCCCGUUCUCUCCCAUACAUCAAACGCGGCUGUCGCGAGGCGACGAAGGCGCGGGGGGAGGCGAGAGAGAGGAGAACGGAGGUGAGCGGGUGCCAAAGCGAUCAUGUGUUCCCCGCAAGCAGCAGGAGGAGAGCCGUGAAGCCAAACGGAGAGGAAAAGAUGAGCCAGGAAAGGCAGAUGUGCCUGUGUCAUGUCUGUUAUGAACAGUCUUCCCACCUUGUGGUAACACUGUGAACUGUAACUGCAGGAGAGCGUGAUCGAGAAAUAGACAGAGGGAGCGAGUGGAGGGUGGGGUGGGGGUAAAGAGAGAUAGAGAGAGAGAGGGAGUGUGAGGAAGGGAGGGAGCAAGGAAGGAGAGAGAAAGAGAAAGGGUGAGGGAUGGAGAGAGAGAGAGAAAGAGAGAGAGGAGUUUAAACUAAGAGCUAUGUUUUGGGACGAACUAAUCUGCUAGAGAGCAGUGUGAGGAUCGGAACGCAUUGUGCGAGCGAGUGUGUGGAGGACAGAUAAGGGAAGAAGCCCGGCAGACCGACUGCUUGUUUUAAUGUGCUGACUCUGGGGAGCUAAAAAAAAAAAAAAAUAUUGACUCUUCAGUCGUGUGCCGUGAGCCAGGGCACAAGCGCCACAUUUAACAGAGGUGCACCAGAAAACACGGGCGCGAGAGAGGAGAAAAUACAUCCAGCCAGACAGCACAUAUAGAGGAUUUCUCCUUCCUUUUCUUCUUUUUUUUUAAUCUGUUCAUUUUUCUUUCUUUUUUUCCUCGGGACUGAUUCCCAUUUCCAGUAGAGAAAAAGGAGCCGUAGAGCCACGAGAACGCAAAAAAACACCACAAAAAAAAAGCGACAAGAAACGCAACACCGCCAACAAGAUGUUUGAAAUCAGCCGAACACUGAAUGCUGCUUUGUUGAGCAAUGAGUGUCUGAAGAUGAUGGUAAGAUGUUCACAGAACUCGGCAGUAGCCCAGGCGGAGGGCUCCUUCCCAGGCAUGGGCUCGCUGCUUUUCCCCCGAGAUCCAUCCAGCCAACUGGGGGCCAGGGAGCUGGGGGGAUCGACAGAGACUCAGUGGCGUCAGGCAGACCUGCCGCAGCUCCAGGGCUGGGCUGAGAAGGGACUGCUGACACAGCCAAAGAUGAUAAUCAGCAACAUGGAGCCUCAGGUGACGAAUGGGCCGAACUCCGCCACGGCCAACGGGCCCUCCAGCAACAGCCGCAGCUGCCCCUCGCCCAUGCAGACCGGCUCUAAUGACGACAGCAAGACCAACCUCAUCGUCAACUACCUGCCCCAGAACAUGACCCAGGAAGAGUUCCGCAGCCUCUUCGGCAGCAUUGGCGAAAUUGAGUCCUGCAAGCUGGUUCGAGACAAAAUCACAGGGCAGAGUCUUGGCUAUGGUUUCGUCAACUACAUUGACCCAAAAGAUGCAGAGAAAGCCAUCAACACGUUAAAUGGACUCAGACUUCAGACCAAAACUAUUAAGGUGUCAUAUGCACGGCCCAGCUCGGCUUCUAUCCGUGACGCUAAUCUGUACGUGAGUGGGCUGCCCAAGACCAUGACCCAGAAGGAGCUGGAACAGCUCUUCUCUCAGUAUGGACGGAUAAUCACCUCCCGCAUUCUCGUCGACCAGGUCACAGGCCCCACAGGUGGCUCGCGGGGUGUGGGCUUUAUUCGCUUUGAUAAGAGGAUAGAAGCGGAGGAAGCCAUCAAGGGUCUGAAUGGACAGAAGCCCUCAGGUGCCGCCGAGCCCAUUACAGUGAAGUUUGCCAACAACCCCAGCCAGAAGACCAGCCAGGCAUUACUGUCGCAGCUGUACCAAUCCCCCAACCGCCGCUACCCGGGACCCCUCCACCACCAAGCGCAGAGGUUCAGGCUGGACAAUUUGCUUAAUAUGGCCUAUGGCGUUAAGAGGUUCUCCCCCAUCACCAUCGAUAGCAUGACCAGUCUAGUAGGGAUGAAUAUCCCCGGUCACACAGGAACGGGCUGGUGCAUCUUCGUCUACAACCUGUCCCCGGACUCGGACGAGAGCGUCCUGUGGCAGCUCUUCGGACCGUUCGGUGCCGUCAACAACGUCAAGGUGAUCCGCGACUUCAACACCAACAAGUGCAAGGGGUUCGGUUUCGUCACCAUGACAAACUACGACGAAGCGGCCAUGGCCAUCGCCAGUCUGAAUGGGUAUCGGUUGGGUGACCGUGUCUUGCAAGUGUCUUUCAAGACCAACAAGACCCACAAGUCCUGAACUCCCCUCCCAUCACUUGUGUAGCUCCUUACAGCUCCUCUAAUACUAAAAACCCACCUCUGCCCACUCAGCUACUCAAAACAGGAACACACCCAACCAACAAACCCACAAAAAAAGAACUGGAUAUGGCUUAUAAUAUAACUUUGGACCUAUAAGCCAAUGUUGCCUAAGUAUUACAAAAUGACAAAUUGAGAAUAUUCAUUAUUUGGAGACCCUGGAAGUGGUACAGGGAUUCUGUUGUAUAUCUUUUUGAGUUCUCGUGGUUGUCUUUACUUUUUUCUUUUUUUUUCUCUGUAAACAGUAGCAAAACCAGACCGCCCUUAUUUUGAAGAAGAAAAUGUCCUUCUUUAGAUCGAACUCUCUUGGUGUCGAUUCAGGAUUUUUUCUUUCUUUUUUAAAUCCGGAUCCACUGUCGUUAGAAUAACACCUCCCUGGUAAGAGAACGGGAGGGGGCUCUUUUUAAAAAAAGAAGAAGAAAAAAAAUCGGUGAUCAUUCAUUCAUUUGUUUUGGUGUAAAUUGUUAGAGAACCCCAAUGAAUUGACAGGGAUGAGGCCAUCCCUUUUCUCUAAUGCAGAAGAUGUUUCUAGCAUAGUUUUGGUUUUGUACUGCAAACAAAACACACGUCUGUCCUCACGGGGGAUUCAGGGGGAAGGGGCGAGGGAAGGGAUGGGCUAGCGCUCCUGAUGACACGUUGCGUCAAAAAAAAAAAAAACCUACACACACACUGUUGCCAAAGAGAAAAUCUCUUUGCUUGAAAAUGCGUUUAGAAAAAAUGAAAAAAUAAAGAGAAAGAAGAUCUAUUUUUAUAAAUAAUGAUUAAAAUAAUUAUUGAAGAAUUUUUACAAGAAUCUGGAUUUGAAAAAAGAGAAAAAUAUUUUGACUGGCUAAUUAGGGACGGGGGGAGGGGUCAGGUGCCACCUUGUCUUGUUCGUUCUGCCGUGGUACUUUUUAGGAUCCAAGGUUGUUUGUUUUUCGGGGAGAACCGGAUUGGCGAUGGAAGAAUUUUGUAGAUGGAAGAAUUUAUCAAGGGAUGCAAAUUCAGGCAGGUAAUUUUUCAUAGCAGUAAUUAUUCAACAGCGAUACCCAAUAGGAGAGGGAGAGGGGUCUUCCCAGGCCGACCACAUCUUCACAGUCAAGAGCCCAAAGCAAGGCCACUCAUCGUCCACUCAUUUACUUUAGACCAUCCGUCUUUGGGAUAUAAGUAAUAAAGACACACACACACACGCACACACACACUUCUUUCUCCAUUCAGACGACAUAUACAUGGUUACGUUUAAUUCGCUAUGAUUUCGUGAUAUCGCAUUCGAGAUGUACUUCCUUUAGCGAUCAACAGUAGGUGCUAUAUUACAUGGUUCACAUAUCUUAAAUAUCCAACUUUGUUGUUCUUCGUGUUGUUUAGAGAGAAAAAAAAGAAAAUUUCGAUGUUGGCAUUAUAUUAAGCUGCUGUUUUUCUUCUUUCGUUGACGUUUAUUCUUUCGAAAUCGUCGUCGUUGGCCGGCGUCUGGUCUGGAGAAACCCCAGAUAAACAAAUUCGGGCCUUGGCGACGACGUUCCUUUGGCUUGCUUACUUCUAGGUUAUUUGCUGAGUGUACAGCGUUUGUCGAAAUUCAGCGAUAAUUAGCUAGUUCUGUUAGUCUAGUAUUUGUUUCCUCAAAGGAUCUAUUACGACUGUGUCUUUCUUUGUUGUGUACAAAUAGAUGAUAUAUAGUCAACAUUUUCUGUUCCAAUAUCUAUAUCUAUCUGAGUUGUCACUGUUUUUCGUUUGGGAUUGUCUUUUUUCAUAUGAAAACUUUAUGAAGUGAUGGUUCAGUUACUUAGAAAAACUUGUGAGGAAUCCUGUUUAAUAUGUUGUCAUGUCGCUUGUGAAGAUAAAGAAAAAAACGCAAAAAAAGUACUGAAAAAUUGGAUCGAUUUAUUUGAUUUACCGCCGCAGCAAAAGAAAUCGAACAAAAAGCUUCUUGAGAAAAUCUGUAUUUAUUUAUUGAUCGAUUGAUUGAUUGAUUGUCUCAUUGAUUAAAUUAUUUAUUUAUCUCGAUUAUUUAUUUAUUUACUUGUUCCUUUCUUAUGUUGUCUGUGUUUUUGCGUGAUUCUGGUACAGGGAGGGGGGGUCUUUCUGAGCUAAAGGGAACAAACGACUAGGGGAGACGCUCUUCCAUUAGUCCUGUGCACUGAGAAAUUUUAGUACGUUUGUGCUUUGUACCAAUAUAUCAAAAUUACAAUAUAAAAAAAUUUAAAAGUCAAAAACGAAAAAAAUGUCAAGAGGGUUGGUGAGGCUCUUCCCUUAUUAAUAGAAACAGUUACUCGCUAUGCAUAACCUAGCCGAUAGUUCAAUUUGCUAUUGCUUUUUUCUUGUCUUGUUAAACAUAAAUCUUUAAAUCUUUUUCAAUAAAGUUUAGUCUUAAUAGAAUGUUAUAACAGUUGUUCUGGUUCAAUAUAACCUGUGAUAAGUUUGUGUAGUUUUAAAAGCCACUUCCCGCCCUCCCUCCACACACUACCGUUGCUUUGUGAUUAAACUUUAUGCAAAAAUGUGGGUCUGAAAUGUAGUUUCUCAUGGAUCUCGACAACGUUCAUGUCAGGCUUUGCUGCCCUAAUUUGAUUGACUGAUAUGUGUCCAUUGUUUUAGUAUGAUUCAUCGACUCAUCUGAACUGUAACCUUCAUUUAAACCACAUUGAUACUCCAAAAAAACAAAAACAAACAAAAAAAAAAACACAAAAAAAAGCAUUGACUCUGAUUGUACUGGUUGAACAAAAAUAGCUAUAGCAGAUAAUAUUUGAUAGAUGACACCUGUUAUAUAUUUUCUAAGAUAUAGUCUAUUUUGAGAGGUAAACUUCCUGAAUGGAGAGCUCGGCUCUUGUUAAGACCGGUGUGAAUGCUGGAGAACGAAAAAACAAAGUCACGUUCAUGAGCAGUCUUACAUUCCUCCACCUCUAAUGCCAUCCAUCCUCCUCUGCUCCGUCCCUAAGGGGGCGGCGGCGGCGGCACGGCCCUUCUCAAACCCCGCUGCGGCUGGGAGUUUGAAUUAUGCAACGACCCCAGUAGAAUGUUGUUCUGAUGUACGAACAAAUUUCCUGCAUUACGUCCUCCUCUUUUGGUUAAUGGCAUCACCCUCCGCGUGUCUGAGCGUGGAUGACUGCACGGGAGAGCGUCUAGGACGCGCGAGAGUUUGCGGGGGUGUUGGAAACGCGGGGCCGUGCCUCUAUAGUGCGUGCCCAUAUCGCAGUGUCUCUCCCCCUGUAGCGCCUUAUAGUGGCAGCCUGCCAAUAGGAACCCAUCAGCCAGUAGUGUAGGAGGGAAGGCAAAGUGAGGAACAAGGCUCUUGUCAUAAUUCAUUUUCUCCUGAAAUGUGUUUGUUUACUAUCUGAAAAAUCUAUAAAUCUUUAAAGACAAAAAAAGAUGAAAAAAAGAAAAAAAAAAAGUUCACCUGACCAAGCUGGUCUCUCCUACUUACGUUAUUACUUAUCUAUCGAUUAUUGAUUAUUGUUACUAUGAUUAAUAUUAUUCUCAUUAUCCUUAUUCUUAUUAUGAAUCAAAUUACUGCGAUGAAUGACUUCAUGUUAUCCUUGCUAGUUUAGGUCAUUUCUGAAACUGGAAACAAAAUAUGGAAAAAAAUACUUGCUGUAAAUGUUUUUUUCUUUUUCAUAAAACUGUUGUGUUUGAAUUAUUUGUACUUUUGAAUGUUGGGACAAUAAAAUAAGGUGUUGAAAGCUG